AUGCAAGCGCUGGGACAACAGUCUCGAGUGGCGCGGAAAGUCCGUGCGUACUUGACGAAAACAAAGCUGCUGAACGGCCCCUCUGACCGGGAGGCACGCAAGCAGCUGCUGAUAUGGCUGCGCGACAAAUGGGCUGCGCAGCGAAUGGCCGCUCGGAAUGAGCACGGACACGCCAAGCGGCAGCGGUGGAGAGCUUCAUUUGCACAAGCCGACAGGCCGCAGAUUUUGCGCGACAUGUUGCCGCAAAUUCCUGUGAAGUUUGCACGUGCUGCACGUGACCUACUGGCAGGGUGGCAUGUCGAAGAGCCGAUUGUCAACGAGCCAUCGCCGCAAGCAUACAAGGGCACUGGUACUAUGUUCCGAUACAGUGGCUCCUUUAGCAUGAUUGAGCAUCAACCUUCCUUGGACCUGCUUGCGGCAGGACCAUCUGUCGACAUUGAUCUGCUCAGUGCCGGCCUACGAAACGCACCGCAGGUGCUUGCCAUUUGGGAUGACUUUCAAAGUUGGAUGACCGAGCUCGGCAACAAGUACCGCUUUGAACGGGUCAGCACCGCCCUGGAGCUCCACACAGAGGUGACGCUGCAACGCAGAGUGCCUUCCAUUCACUUGCACAUGAUGUUUGACACCCGCGACUCGGCAGCAAUGCGGGCUCUAGCACCGUACCUUCCUGGCCCAUGCACCCGCAUGUUGCGGCCAGGGCGACAAGUGCAUCUGUCUGGACAAAGUUUGGCAUUUCGUGGGUGCAAGCCGCACAUCUCCUUGGAUUCCUCGCAGGCUCGUGGGCGGUCAGUCCGUCGUGCACUGGAUCAAGGGCACUUUUAUCUCCAAGUGGAGAAGAAAGGGUCCAUUUUUCGCCAGACCACUUGCCCAGCAUACCAGACUUUCACAGUGAGCCCCGACUGGGUGACUGGACUUUGGCAGGGGGAUAAGAUUAACAAGGAGUGUGCCGAGCAGCACUACGUCCAGUGCAAGCGCAACAUUCGUGCUUACUGUGAGAACCUGAAGUACCAUGGCCAGAAACAACGGGAGCUGUACAUUCAGCAGCAGCAGGCUGCUGCAGCAGAGCUCUUGCGCCCACUGCAGAAAGAGCCAGUGGAACUACCAGAAGUGACGCAGCUGUUCUUGCCACAGUUCACGCGGCCUAUGCAUCGCCGAAAAUUCUUGGUGCUGAAUGGCCCAACGCGCCUGGGGAAGACUGUCUAUGCACGGUCUCUCUUUGGCGCAGAUCACACGUAUGAAACCAAUUGUUCUGGGGUGUUGGAGCCCGACAUGAGGGAAUAUGAUGUGCUACGGCACCGGUGUGUGGUGUUUGAUGAAGCUAGUGUCCAUCUUGUCUUGAAGCACAAAAAAUUGUUUCAGGCGCCGCCUGCCGAAAUUUCACUUGGGCACUCGGCGACAGGCAUGUAUGUUUAUCGCAUCUGGGUUUGGAAUGUCGCUCUCAUUGUCACAUCCAAUGUCUGGACCACCGAACUGGAGCAGCUCGCUGCAGAAGAUCGGGAAUGGCUAGAAGGGAAUGCGAGUCUCCAUAUUGUCUGCCUGUGUGACACACGGCUUGCCGGCGUCCCUGUGCAUGCCAUGAUGCCGGAUGCCUCUGCAGCUGAAGUAGUCCGAUUACAGCAAGCUUUAGUGGCUAACCGGAACGAGUUGAAAGGCGCUUACCAGCAGGCCAGACGGCAGCAAAAGAGAGUGCAAUGUUGUGGCCUGGGGCCUGCAGCUCGCCGAACGACCCUAGCUGUGUAUGUGCUGUCCAACUACAACAUAGCUCUCGCUGUCCGCGUGGCUUGCAGGUUAUCCACGUACAAGCGCCCUGAGGAUGCUGGGUUCCCAACAGCUGCAGCCCUAGAAGAGCUUUUUUUGGAAUCCCCGCCAACAGACUGGCUGGAAUUCGGCGAGCUAGCAGCGCAGAGGGCACACGCCUUUUUGGCAGAGGCCGCAACUUCGGAUUGGGUGCGUGAUUGCAAUGUCUUGCAUGGUGUGGCCCCUUCCUCGAUGGACGUCUUCUUGCACUGGGAGCAUGCCUUUAUCGGCCAUCAGCUCGACGUGGGUGUCCCUCCGCGACGCUACGUGAACAAGUGGGCGCAGAAGUGGCGUGCGCGUUGGGGUGUCCGCCGCAAAGUGUUGAAACAGGUGGUGCACAAGGCACUGAAGCGGCAGUUGGCGCAAGCAACCCGAGAGGUGAAGAGCCAGGACAUAGACUGCAAAUUGUCUGUGCCGGGCGCAGGAGAAAAACGCCGUCGCAUCAUGCAGCAAGCUGGGAAACUGAGCACGGCAGAUUUGUCGUGGCUGUUGGCGGUCAAG